GUUGGACUUUGAACCAGUCCUUUUUGUUAUCUUAAGCGUUCUUCAGUUUUGAGAAAAGCAAUGGACAAGGACAUAUCUUGACUUGUGGAGCUUGGUCCAGUGUAUUAAACAUGUGCAGACACACGCAGAGACGAAGAAAAUGAUUCAUCUCAAAACCAAAUGAAAACUUCAUCAGCAAGAGGUGGUUCCUUGUACAAUCCUUCUUUCUUACCAAAUUAGAACAUGAAAUUCGAGGAUCUUGCGAUUCCAUCGUCUGCACGCAAUGAACUUUCAACUUUCGGGUUUUGAUCAAUUUCAAGUUCAAGAGCUGAUCUAUGUUGUUUUUCUUCUUUUUCUUUAGUAGUGAGCAUGCAUGUUUGAAGAAUAGAUCUUACACAAUGAGUAAAUUAAGGUAAUCCAAUUCACACUCCUCUAUGCACUUUAUUCAUGCCAUAUGGGAACCUUUGAUGAUUUCUUUACCUGUACUUUACUUUUUGUUCUAUUUUGAUUGGAACCGGCGAGGUUUAUUUUCAAUGCUAAAGUGAGAUCGUCUCUCGAUAAAUAAAGGAAUUCGGCUUGCGCCUUCACUUCUGCUGUAAUUCUCAUUCCGUCGUGCAGUGCUAAUUCUUUUUUCCUUUGAUUGUAGCAAUGGCUUUGCUUCCUUUUUUCGGAUCAAUUGUCACUGUGGUUUUAUCUCAGUUAUGGAAUCCCUUGGUGUUGCAUUUGGGGUAUCCCGUAAAGGUCGGAGGGAACGUCAAGAAGCUAACGAUCUUCAUGAAAAGGUUGCAAGCUAGAAGGGAUGAUAUAAAAGCGCAAAUCGACAUCGCGGAAAGAAAACAUAAAGCAUGCAAACACGAAGCGAAAGAAUGGUUACAAAGGGUUGAAGCCAUCGAAGGUGAAGUGAAAGCUGUAAAAUACGCCUACGAUAAAAGAUGCCGAUGCUGUGGGGAGUUCUCUCUUGACAUUAUUGGCAAACAUAGGAUCAGUCGAAGAGCUGCGAAGAAGCUUAAACAAGUGAUGGAGUUGUAUGAUCGAGGCGCUUUUGAAGAAAUCGCCGUUGAGUUGCCUCCGCCUCCGAUCGAGGAGAAGCCUGUUGCAUCUGCGGUUAUUGGAAUGCAAUCUAAUCUAGAGAAGAUACUUCGCCACCUCAAAGACGACAAAGUUGGAGUGGUGGGCAUAUGGGGAAUGGGAGGAGUAGGAAAGACCACUUUGCUGAAAACCAUCAACAAUCACCUUCUUGCUGAUUUUGAAAGCUUCUGCUAUGAUCAUGUUGUUUGUAUCGCGGCGCCAAAAGGUUGCAAGUUAGAGAGCGUUCAACUGGACAUAGCUGAGAAGAUUGGCCUCUACUUGAAGCAGGAUUCGAGAAUAACGUCAUAUACUUCUGCGAUCUUCAACUUCUUAAAGAACAAGAAGUUUUUGCUGCUGUUGGAUGAUCUGUGGGAGCCGAUAGACCUCGCAGGAGUCGGAAUUCCACAACCUAACGGCCCGAGGAAUCAAAAGAUAGUGUUGACGACACGGUUCGAAGAGGUGUGCGGCAACAUGGGAGUUCAUACCAAGAUCAAAUUGGAGUGCUUGGAACCCGACAACGCGUGGGAGCUGUUCAAAAACAGUGUUAGCGAAGACACCGUGAACUCGGAUGCUCGAAUACAAUCCUUAGCAAGGAAAGUCUGCAAGAGGUGUAGUGGAUUGCCGCUCGCGCUCAUUUCCGUAGGCUGUUCGAUGUCUACGAAGAGGACGUUGCAAGAAUGGGAGAACGCUAUCGCGUCUCUCGAGAAUACACGUCUUUCGGAAAAUUCAUGUAUGAAGGGUGUUCACCCUGUGCUUAGCACAUUAAGAUUUAGCUACGACAGUUUGGAAGACGAGCAGAUGAAAAGAUGCUUCUUGACUUGCGCCCUGGGGCCUGAAGGCUAUUCCACCUGGAAAGUCGAGCUCGUGGAUUUCUGGAUGGCGUUGGGGUUACAACCGAUGCGCGCGACGAUCGAAGAUGCAUACAAUGAGGGAUUCUCCCGCAUCGAACGAUUGAAGAAAGCAUGCUUGUUAGAAGACGGCGACGUGAGCGAUAAAGAAGUACGAGUUCACGACAUUAUCCGCGACAUGGCGCUCUGCGUGGCCUCGCUAUCAGAAGAGAAGAACCUGGAGUGGAUUGUACAGCCAGGAAUUGGCCUGGAGAAAGUGCAGAACAGUGAUGCAGGCAGAUGGACAAGAGCUUCGCGAAUUUCACUGAUGUGUAAUUGUAUAAAAGAGCUGCCGCAAUCUCCGAAUUGUCCUAAUCUUUUGCUCUUGACUCUCCAGCAAAACUUUCAUUUGAAGGCCAUCUCGCCCGGAUUUUUCCGAACCAUGCGCGCGCUGACAUUCUUGGAUUUAAGUUGGACUUGCAUCAGAGAGCUUCCACGAGAAAUCGGUUCGCUAGUCAAAUUGCAGUAUCUCAGUCUUAGAAAUUCAGAUAUAGUCUCACUCCCUCUGGAAUUAGGAUUUCUGACGGAAUUAAGAUCUUUGAAUCUGAGUUACACCGAUCACCUCAAAACGAUUCCGCGUGGAGUGAUAUCCAAACUAUCCAUGCUACAGUUUCUGAACUUGUUUAAGAGCAAGUAUUCGGGCUUUGAGAUGGAGAUUCAUAAGAGCACGGAAACAAAGUAUGAUCUUCGUCAGACGUCGAACGAAAAGAGCGAGUUCAGUCUGGAAGAAUUGCACUACUUGGGUAAAGGCCUGAAAUCACUCGGGAUUUCUGUACGAACAGUCGGAUCUCUUCAGAUGCUUUCCGAGUGCUCUGAUGUGUACUUAUACCUUCUCGGCAUAUACCGAUUGAAAGGGGAGUGCUCCCUCUGCCUCAAUUUGCAUAGCAGCACCAUAGUUUUGAAUGUCAAAAGCUGUUUCGAGUUAGAAGAGUUGUCGAUCAGAAGCGAACAAGUCGGUCGGUCUGCUGGCAAGUCACCUCCGAGGCUAGAGUUCCUCACUUUCUGGCGCCUCUACAGGCUGAAGAAGGUCCACUUGACGGUGCAGCUUACGAAGCUUCGUCAGGUCAUUAUUGUCGAGAACAGAAACUUAGUCAACAUUUCUUGGAUACUGAAGAUCCCGUACCUCGAACAACUCGAUCUAUCAUUUUGCUGCAAUUUGGUGGAAGUGAUCGGUCACGCAGAAGAUGCUAAUGAUUUAAUGCAUGCAUUUUCCAGGCUGAGGAUAGUGCAGCUGCAUCACCUGCCAAGGUUGGAGAGAUUUUGUGCUCAGAAGUUGGCCUUCCCUUCCUUGGAAUACUUGGAUGUGUAUGGCUGCCCAUUGCUGCAGGAACUUCCCUUCCAGUUAGAGGCCAGCAGGGUCAGCAGAUUACGACAAAUUCGCGCGGAAAAAGGAUGGUCAGAUCAGUUAGAAUUGGGGGAUAAUGACACUGCGCGACGGACCUUCCAAUCCUUUUUCAAAGUGUUUGAGAACAGUCUUGAGACUUUCGAGCCGGAUUUGGAUACGAACCCGUUCAUGUCAUCUGCAAGCUCCUUUUUCGCACGUCGACAGCCGAUGAUGCGCACCGCAUUGCAGUUUUCGGCUUAUCUUUCACUGAUCUUUGGAGAUCAAAUGCCACUGGAGUGACAAGUGAAAAGAAAUUUAAUCACAACGUCGAACUUGUCGCGUUUUAUUUACUAUGAAAAAUGCUCUAAAUUUCUUUCUACAUGUCCAAGUUGAAGCUGUAAAAGUUUCUGUGUUGACUUAAAAAUAAUCAUUUAUUAUUGAAUAAUAACUGUAUUAUAUAGUA